UCCUCGCGUCCGCUCCCGCGUUCAGCACAAUGCCAAAAUGCCAAAAUUUUGGGCGCACAAAUACAUCUAAAAGUCUCCAAAUACUCAUUCAAAUACAUCCUGGCCAAAUUCGGCAGCCAUUGGCAAGUCCAUAAAAGCUGUUAGCCAAAGAGACAAGGCCUUAGCUGAAAAGAAAGUCAACUACUAGGGUUUUUAGUUCUAAAAAAAUGGAUACAUCAAAUCCUGCUGUAAUUGUGAAUGGAGAAGUCAUCAGGAGGUACAUUGGGAGGAGAGUAAGGUGCGUAGUCAGGGUUGUAAGAAGCGAAGGAGGGGUUCUAAUGGGCCAGACUUCAGAUGGCCAUCAAAUAUCCGUGAAACAAGCGCCUCCUGCAUUAUCUUUGUCGCAGUUUGUGGAAAUUAUUGGUGUUGCAGAGAGUGCAGGUGCUAUUAUGGCAGAAAUUUGUACCAAUUUUGGCGACAAUUUUGACAUGGCCUCACACAAUCAACUCUGCCAGUUGGCUAAUUCAGAGCACCAGUCUCUGUUCAUCUGAAAGAUGCAGCUUUGUUUUGAGGAUGAUUUUCUCAUAAGCAUUCACCAUUUUAUAGAGAAUAUCUGAAUUAGCAUAAAAGGAUAUAUUGAGUUAGAGCUUACAAGGAACCUAGUUGUAUAAAAUUUUCUGAGAAAGUAGCAUCUUGCAGUCCUACAUGAAUGGAACAUUGUGAACAAUGAAAGCCUUUAAUCAAAAUUCUUUGCCUUGGUUGUUCUAUGUCAGUAAAAAAACAAAAGUUUCUCCAAAUUCUUUGGAGGUGAAUUUUGUGGGUACUCUGAUUCUGAAUGGAUAAUUUUGAUGGUCGAGUCAAUUCCUCUAUAGUCCUGAUUCCCAUGGUCAAAUCAAUCUCUACGAUCAAAUGUGUAAGAAUUUCUGAAGGGUGAAAGGGCAAUGCAUUAUUUCUUGUAUCCAUAGAAACCGUAGAUGAAGUAUUUUAGACUAUCUGGUAAAGCCUUUUUUUAAAUAACAAUGCUAUGCUUCAUGGCAUUUUAUAAUUAUCUGUUAUCUGAUGGGGAGGUAUUGUUUUCUUAUGUAUAUUCUUAUGCUUGUACAAUGAACCAUCUAUGAAAAAAUGCUUUGUAUUUUUAA